GGCGGGGCAGGAGGAGGGGUUUGUUGGUGAACGAGUCGGUGGAGAGAUUGGUAUAUAUUCGACGUGCUUUCCUCUUGAAUUGCUUCUCUUUUUCCUUCCCGACAGACUCAUUCAACUUUUACAGCUUCUAUACAGCUUCCAACUCCAACUUCUCUACUUACACCUUCAACUCCAACCACAAAACAACCUUCACAAUGGCUGCCAAGCUCUCCGCCGACCUCCUCCUCCAGCUGGCCAAGAACCGCCGCACCUACUACGCCCUCUCCAAGGACCUCCCCGUGACUGCCCAGCGCAUCCAGGAGAUUGUCAAGGAGACCACCCUCCAGACCCCCUCGGCCUUCAACUCCCAGACCAACCGUCUCGUCGUCCUCUUCGGUGCCGAGCACGAUAAGCUCUGGGACAUCACCUCCGACUCCCUCAAGGCCAUCGUCCCCCCCGAGGCCUGGGAGAACACCGCCACCCGCAUCGCCGGCUUCAAGGGCGCUGCUGGAACCGUCCUCUUCUUCACCGACGUCACCGUCCAGGAGAGCUUCCAGGCCAAGUUUGCCAUCUACGCCGACCGCUUCCCCCCUUGGGCCCAGCAGACCAACGCCAUCCAGCAGUACCUCCUCUGGACUGCUCUCGAGGCCGAGGGUCUUGGCGCCAACCUCCAGCACUACAACCCUCUUAUUGAUGAGAAGGUCGCCGAGACCUGGAAGCUCCCCGCCACCUGGCAGCUCAACGCCCAGCUCGUCUUCGGCGCCAAGGCCGGCGAGGCUGGUGAGAAGGAGUAUGCUCCUGUUGAGGAGCGUGUCAAGGUCUUUGGUGCCUGAACACGCCCGGGCCAGAAGCUAUGAUUAAUCAUGGGAAAGCGUUUUUGGAAUUGCAUUUAGCGGUAGACUACUAGAAGCUUGAAAUGAGCCGGCAUUGCAUAGUCUAGACUUGACGAAUAAACUAUUAAGAACUAU